AACUUCUUCUAUUCCGUCCACAACCAUCUGAACCAUCUGAACUUUGAAUGCUGGAGCCCUAUCCUGAACGUAGUAGUUCAAGGUCAGGCUGGGUAGGAAGAUUUGAGCGGUCCUGAUUUACAUACUGUGCUAAUUUUCUCGAUCUUCUUGAUUAUAUGGAAUCUCUGAUACCAGUCAUAAACAAACUACAGGACGUGUUUAACACAGUAGGGUCCGAAACAAUACAACUUCCUCAAAUCGUUGUUUUAGGAACACAGUAAAUUUAAUGAAAUUAGAUCUAGCUUUAAAGUUAGAUUCUGUAUCAUAUGACGUUUAAGAAUUCAAAUAUGUCCGCGGAAAGCUCUUAUUUUUCUUUAAUGUUUCUGCUUUUUCAACGGAGUUAUCUCAUCAAGAACACCGUAUAUAAUUGUGAUGUUAAAGAUCUUGGAUAUUAUCUCCUGUGUGAUCUAAUUGUUUCAACUAUGCAUAACGUUACGAUUAGUUGCUAUAGCUCUGGAAAGAGUUCAGUUCUUGAAAACUUAGUUGGUCGGGAUUUCCUGCCUAGAGGACAUGGAAUUGUGACGCGGCGACCACUUGUCUUACAACUUAUCCAUGUAGAUGAGUCAGACCAUGCUACACGGGUCGCAGAAGGUGAUGGUACUUCAACCGAAUGGGCAACAUUCUUACACAACAAAAAGAUAUACCGGGAUUUCGAUGAAGUUCGUAAUGAAAUCAAAAGCGAAACAGAUCGGGUUGCUGGGGCUGGAAAAGCUGUAAGCUCCGAGCCUAUCAACUUAAAAAUAUUCAGCCCAUCUGUUCUCAACCUCACUUUGGUUGAUCUUCCUGGCAUUACAAAGGUUCCUGUUGGUGAUCAGCCUGAGGAUAUUGAAACAUUGAUCAACGAUUUAUGUCUUCAUUACAUUAACAAUCCUAACAGUAUAAUUUUAGCUGUUACACCGGCCAAUGCAGAUAUGGCUACCAGUGAAGGCCUUAAGCUGGCCAAAACAAUCGAUCCUGACGGCCGCCGAACUUUAUGUAUUCUUACUAAGUUGGAUCUAAUGGACCAUGGAACAGACGCCCACGAUCUUUUAUUGGGGCGUGUGGUUCCAGUUAAACUCGGGAUAAUUGGUGUUGUCAAUCGUUCUCAAGCCGAUAUUAAGGCGGGUAAAAAUAUUGACGAGGCUUUACAAGAUGAGGCCAGUUUUCUGCAACGGCGUUAUCCAUCUCUUGCUAGUAGAAAUGGCACCCCAUUCUUGGCACGGACAUUAAAUAGGCUUUUAAUGCAUCAUAUACGGGAUUGUUUGCCGGACUUGAAAACACGUGUAAAUGUAAUGGCUGCACAAUUUCAGAAUCUUUUAAAUACAUUCGGAGAUGAAAUCGAAGACCGAGGACAACUUUUGCUGCAGAUUAUUACAAAAUUUAAUACUGCUUAUUGUAAUACAAUUGACGGAGUUGCGAAAGAUAUUGAAACGACUGAGUUGUGUGGUGGAGCUCGUAUUUGUUAUAUAUUCCAUGAAACCUUCUAUCGAACGUUGAGUAAAAUCGAUCCUUUGGGUGGUUUAUCAACUCUUGAUAUUCUAACUGCAAUACGAAAUGCUACCGGACCAAGACCUGCUCUAUUUGUGCCAGAGGUUUCUUUCGAAUUGUUAGUAAAACGACAAAUCAGGCGCUUAGAAGAACCGAGUUUACGAUGUGUUGAAUUAGUCCAUGAAGAAAUGCAACGCAUCAUUCAGCAUUGUGGUGCUCAACAAGAACUCCUUCGGUUUCCGAAACUGCACGAACGUAUAGUCGAUGUGGUCACUUCUGUAUUGCGCCAGCGCCUGCAACCAACCAAUCAAAUGGUUACUAAUCUAGUCGCUGUUGAGUUAGCUUAUAUAAAUACUCGACAUCCUGACUUUCUGGAAGCGCUAAGUACACAUCGGCAACAGGCUCCAGGAUUAGAGAAUCUGUCCCUUAACGAGCAACCGGCAACACAGGGAUCAAUUUCAGGAUCUUCACUUCGUACCAUUACUGGUUCGCAUCUGUCUCGUCGCCUACCUGGAACUCUUCAGCACGAAGAACAGCCCAGUUCACUAAAUGUUAAUGGUCCAUCCUCAGAUCAAAAUCCAGAUAACCUGCAUAUUGGACUAAGCCUUACUCCGGAUAUUGUAAGUUUUUUCUGCUUAUUGUACCGUUGUGUUCAUGUCACUAAAAGAUAGAAAUUAUUUUUAUUUAGAUAAAUUUUUAUUGAUAUUCUAGACAUCUCCCAGGUAUUAUAUUUUUGCAGGAAGUGGAACUCACAUAUUUGCUUAUCUUUACACGCUUUUAAUUAAUGAAAUCGUGGAUUAAUACUUACGGAGGAAAAAUCAAUUUCGCUAAUGAAUCGUUACAUAACUCCAAUGUUUUAUAAUAUUGAUUUUUAACCAGCAGUACGUUACUUAUAUAACUUUGUGUCACUAUUCAAUCAUUAUUCUGUAUUUCUUUUUCGAAUUGUUAUCUUGUUCGUUCAUUAGAUGUAUCUUUUGUACUUACUUACUUUACCCCUGUUACCCGUCAUGGAGGAGCAUAGGCCAACCACCACUACUCUCCAUCCAACCCUGUCCUGGGCAAUCCUUCUCAGCUACUAUUCAUCCUUUUCAUGUCUGUUUCCAAUUCCCGACGUAGUGUGUUCCUCAGCGUUCUGUUGUAUUGUUCAUUAAAUUCAAUUAUCUUUGACUGACUUUUAUUUGCCUUACAAUUCAUCAAGACCGUAAUUAGAUUUUUAAUGAUCUCUUAAAACUAGAUAGAUAUGCUUUACUUUUAUUGUUAAAAGUUAAGAAAAUUGUCAACCUUUCUCUUAUGAUUUUCAUUGGUUAUACAUGUUUAUAGAUUUUUGCACUAAUGAAUAGUUUCCCGUGUAAUGUCAUUGACUGCUGACGUUCGCCUGUAACUACUACAAUAAAUAUGUUGAAAAAUAAGUCAAGUGCUUAAUAAUCUUAAAGCAUCCUACAAAAUUCGUGUAUAACAAGUAUUUUGUUUUUCAAUAUCCAUGAUAUUGGUCAAUUUAGUACAGUGAUGGCAAAUAUAUUUUUUCUUCAGUAUGUUGUAUUAAGUUGUUAAGUUUGACUCUAUUUGUAUCGUAUUUAGCACAUAGUAUUAGUUAUUUUGUUCAGUUAAAAUCGUAUACGUUUUACAUCACAUGAUGCUUUUUUAAUGCACACCUUUCGUUACUUUUCAUUUUGGUUAAAACGAAGGGCAGUGUAUACGAUGAACUAAGAAACGCUUCUCGAAACGAACUAUUAGGAAGGUAUGACAUAAUUCUAGUGGUAACGAAUUAAUAUCAUGAAGAUUCACGAUAAGUCUUUUAUUUACUCAGUUGUUUAAAAUGAUGGCUGAACUAGUCAUAUUGCGUACUGGUGCUCAUUUGCCAUCUCAAGAUCAGACAAUAAGUGAGACAUUAUGAAGGAGGCAUACUUUUGGAGGAAACUGAUCAUUUUUGUAUUUAAGGUCUCAGCCUACUUGUCCUUGUCUAGGUCAGAAGAACGAAUUUAUCCAUUCCAGUUAUUUGUUUCAUUUGGUUUCCUAUCUAAAGUUUUCUAGUCUUCUCACUUCCAUAGCAGGUUGUGAAAGCAUCUAAGAAAUCUCUAUGUGAGUUGGAUGUCAUAGAACACAACAAAAAGUUGAUGUGUUAUCGGCACUAUCCUUGAUUCUUGUUUUUAUUUUCUAUCAGGAUACUGGUUUUUUUUGACUGAAUGAAUACAGUCUUUAAAUCUUGCUGAGUGGAUUUUAAAAAAAAGUAAUCCCUUUAAUUUAUUUUUAAGAGACUGGUUAUCUAUCUAAUCUAUUUGACAUGAAUAUCUAAUUAACAAUUCUUUUAUCAUUUUCUACUGUUCAUGAGUUUUCUCACAUUAAACUUUUUAACCAUAGAUUCAAAUACUAGCUUUAAGAUAGUAUUAUGUAUAUUUUUACGAGACCGAGACACUUGAUAAUGAUCAGAUCGUUCUUAGAGUUUAAUUGUGGCUUACCUGCUUCAAUUUUCCUGGUUAGAGAGAGUAUUGUUCAUCUAUAAAGGAAAGUCGUUUUUCAGUCUGAUAAAUGAACUUGAAACAACAUAAACAGGUCAUAUUUAUUGUAUUAUGUUUAAUACAUUUGAUUUUAUAUUUUUCCCAUUGUUUAUUCUCGAUAUAUUAGCAAACGGAAGUUCAACAACAUAAGCUAACACCAAAUGAACGACAUGAUUGUGAAGUUAUCGGAAAACUUAUUCGUUCCUAUUUUCUAAUUGUUCGGAAGAACAUACAAGAUACUGUUCCAAAAGCAAUAAUGCAUUUUUUAGUGAAUUUCGUUAAAGAUAAUUUGCAAUCGGAACUUGUCGGUAAAUUGUAUAAACAAGAUGAAUACAAUACAUUGUUACAAGAAAGUGAACGAGUAGCUCAGCGCCGAAGAGAAGCUUCCGAAAUGUUGAAGGCUCUUCAGAAAGCCAGUUUGAUCAUCGGUGAAAUUCGUGAAACACAUUUAUGGUGAUUAAAUGUUUCGGGCAUCAUUUUUUGAUUUUCAACGACAACGAUGGUUUACAUGUUUCCUUACUUUCUUGUAUUCCUAAUAUAAUUUUUCGUUGAUUAAAAGUAUAUAUGUAGGCUUUUAACCAAACCAUACCAGUAUACUACGUAUGUGUAUACAUCAUUUCUUUUGUGCCAUUUAUUCAGCUAUCUUCAUCUACAUUUUGACCGUUAUUUCGAAGUUCUUAUCUGUUGUUAUCCUUGCUACUGUUACCACCAAUACGACAACUUCUAACCAACGCACACCAAACUCAUCUAUCAUCUUAUAAACUAACCUAGCAUAAUAAGUGAACUAUAAAGAAUUUACUGUUUAGUAGUUUAUAAGACUGAUUAUCAUUCUACACUGUCUUAUUGUUUUCCUCGUAGGUUCUUUUUUGUUAUGAUAGUUUUCUUUUUAAUUGUGGAAAAAUGUAUAUCUCUCCUAACCUGUGUUUGUAAAAAAGCUUUCUAUAUUGUAACUGUUCUGCAAUUAAGAAUGUAAUUAUCUGAAAGAGCUAUUACAAAUUUCUACCACACUCAAUAGUCUUAAUUCUGCUAACUUUUCUCCCCGGUUUAUUAAUUAUAAGCAGUCCAUUUUUAGUUAUACUUAUUAAUUAUUUUGUGGGAGAGGGGGUUUAUAAAUUAAAAGUAGUUGAUAUGAUACCCUUUUAGUACUGCUGUGUCUCAAUUUCGACCCGUAGAGUCCAAUAUCCUUGGUGGUUGCAGAAGCAGUCACGCAGAGGUUGAAAACUGCAAUCUUAUCAAUGUUUAAGCCAGAAAUUCGGAGACUCUAUGUAUACGAUGCAUUCGUCAUUCUCGGAAAGGAUCAGUUGGAAAGUAUCCACAUUUUCAUCAACGGUAUUUUCGCUGACAAAAAAUUCACAUUAGAAGCGGAACGAGACAACAAGCUACCUUCUUUUUUUUACAAACUGAACAUCAGAAACAAUACGGAAAGACUGAAAACUUAAAUCUAUCGGAAACCAACACAUACUGAUAAAAUACUCAAUUA